UAGAAAGAGGAAAGCCGAGUGGCGGUGGAAAGGCGUGGUAGAAGAUCAGAGUGCAAUCUGCAUUAUUCUGUAGCUGAGGCGCGCGGGCGGCCAUCAAGGACUCUUCAGGUCAACGUGAUCCAAUCUGCCGUAUAAAACGCCCCUCUCGACGGUCCUUCGAGCACUGUUGUACUUCUCGUCGCCCCGUUGUCGUUAUUUCUCCAAUAUGUAUGCGAUAUUCGCGUUACUAUUCUGCACGGUUGCAUCGGUCUCGUGUCAAUCGACGAAUAGACAAUACCAGUCACCUCAACAGGCAGCAAUUUUGAGUGACGCAAGAUAUCUAGCUGGAGAUGGAACCUUUGGCGCCGCUUAUUCACAAGAAGAUGGUGUGGAAUUCAAAGAGGAAAGCGACGUUUACGGGAAUCGCCGUGGGUCUUACUCCUACGUCGAUCCUACGGGUCAAAGACGCACAGUGACAUAUACGGCUGGGAAAAAUGGCUUUCAGGCCACAGGCGACGGCAUUCCCGUUCCACCCCCACAAGUUCCACCUCAACCAGAGUACGUACCUCUACCGCAAUACAACCCACCCGAUUAUCAACCACCGCGAUACAACCCAUCCUUGCAAUCGUAUCAACGUCAGAGUCAACCAGUUUAUGAAGCACAACCAGCGCCUCAGCCCCAACCUCAACCUCAACCUCACCUUCCACCUCAACCAGUGUAUCAAUCUCAACCACAAUACCAACCUAGACCUCAACCACCACCUGAAAUUCAAUCCAUCCCUUCCUACAACCCACCGCCACAGUAUCAACCUCCGGCUAGACCAUUACCACAGUACAACGCUAUAACGACGCCACCACCUCGAAGGUUUUACCCACCUGGAAAGUUGAACUUCAAUAGGACUCCGGAUGGCUACUCCUACACGUUUAAUAAAAGUUAAGAAAAAGGUAACUAGGAAUGGGAGUAACUUCUAAUUUGUAAUUUGUCACUCGUAAAAUUUGGCCAAUAAUAUGGAAGAAUGGAAUAAUGUACGAGAGGGCGCAGGUUGUCAUUUUAUAAGGUAAAUUUAGAAAGAUAAAGAACUUUCAUCUGACGAAAUUCGUUCAUAUUAAAAUUUUAAAGAAAAUCGUCUUUUUUCUUAACGAUCUAUUUUAAACUCGAGAGAGAAUUGAUUAAUUGAUUAUUAUGUGUUAGUUUGUAUGCAUCUAUCAUUUUGUCGAUUUUCUUCGAGGUGUAUGGUUAAUAUUUAAAACUUACUGGGUUCAGAAAUAGAAUGUACUUAUAAAUUAGGAUAAAAUUGAAUAUCGUGUAAAUUAUACUUAAAGAGGAAAGGAAAAAUGGAAAGAAUAAUUAGAAUAAUUCUAUUAAUUUGUGAAUAAGUCUCUGGAAUCCUAUUAUAGAAAUUAUAUGACGCAAGAGAUUUCUGUGUAUUAUAAUAUAGAUUUUCGCUGUGUAUUGUGUAAUAUAUUGUGUACUUUUUGUAAUUUAUUAGAGUAGAACUAACCUUAGAAUAUUUGCUAAUUUGCUCAUAUUAUCAUUUAUUCUGAAUUUAGAGAGCUACAUUUUCAAGAAUUUCCACGUUUUAUUUUGUAUAUCGUAGUUUAAUAGUUAACAUAAUGUUUUUCAAUGAUAGCCUAUCUAAAAUCUAUUAAACCAAGCGUAUCACAAAAUUUUCGAAAAAUUCUAAGAAAUCUACUAUCCGUAAAUAUCAUAGGCGGAAAUUAACAAACGAUAAAUUAAAUGUGAGAGCAUGCAUUCAUAAUUAGGAGAUUGUAGGUAGCCAGAGCCUUGUCCAUGAUCUUACUGCAAGGUACCUCGCGUGAAACAAGUUGAACUUCCUCUGAAACACUGCAUACAAUCUAUAUAAAUUCUUGAGGAAACGAAUACAAUAUUUAUUUUGCCAAUUAGGGAGGAUUCCUUCGUUCACUUACGUUAUCGCUAAUUAUGGGUAUAGUGUCAGGCAAAUAUUCGCGAUAGAAUAGAUUAGAUUAGUUGGAAAGUUCUAUCGACUUCUUUCACUUAAAGUUUCUUUUAGUUCGAUAAUUUAUAUCCGCAAAUAUUCUAUUAGCCAGAAUAAAAAUUUCCAAUUACAAGGAAGCAUUUUCCUCAUAACAUUCGCAAAGUGUACCAUGAAAUGGAGAAAGUAUGCUUCGUGUAUCGAUGUGUCAUUUCAUUAUGGCUCCUAGAAGAACUCCUAAAAAAGCGAAGAAAUUAUAAAUUCUAUACUUUAGAGGGAAAAUGUAGACGAUAAGUUUGAGUAGCGUUUCAGCAGCGUAAGGCGAAGAGUACCAAUUAAAAUUUCUCACUGAAGUGUUGGAAUGAAUUUAAAUGGAGAGAAAGGAGAAGCAUUAAAUAAGAAAUGUCGAUAGGAAUUUCCGACAGAUCGGACAGUUCGCGUGAAAUUAGCAGCGGCGUCGUGUAAACUAUUCAGCAUUUUACAAACUCCAUUGCAUCGAAUUUUCUUAAUCGCUUCGAUUGGACGACGCCCUGCGUUUCGCAUAGCAAUUCCCUUUACAAAUGCGAGCACUAUCCCGCGCACUUUGGGGUCACGUUACUUUCAUUGAACAACCUUUGACGUAUCCCAUGCUAUUGCAACGAUCUACGAGGGAUCCCACGAUCCAUGAGGGAGGAUACGUGAUCUUUUAGGUGUGAUUCAUACCUUAUUGUAAAUAUAGGUUGAACGUGUAAGGCAUCGCCUCUUGAAACAGGUUUCAGUAGGUUACAAUAAUUUCAAUUAUGCUUCAUAUCCUACUAUAUUGUAUUAUAUCUAUUUCUGUAAUUGGAAUAGAAGACUAAGAUAGGAUAGAAGUGAUCGAACUAAUUUCUACAUCUAAUAAACUGAUAUAAAAAUGUUCUCAUGAUCUCAUUUCCUCGUUAUAAUGUCUUAUUUUUAUUGUUCUUGUAUUACUACAUUUUUCGUCUCUGGUAUUAUCUCCAGCUCGUUAUAAUUAAAAUAUUGUAAUAAAUAAAAUAUACUGAAAUAAUGUGUGAAAUUCUAAUAAAAGACGGCAGUAGUUGAACAAAUGAACAAUUAAGAGAAUCAAAUGUCGGAUAAAUAUUAUUAAAUAAUAACUAGUAAUUUAAAAUUCAAUCGAAAUAUUAUAGUAGCGUAUCACGUAAAUGAAAUCUCACAAGCAAAAUAAGUAUAAGCACAUAAAACAGUGUGCAUUUAGAAUGAAACGUACCUAAGUACAUAUACAAAUAGAAACAGAAAUUAGAAAUACUUAUUCCAAAAAACAUAUUUAGACCCUAACCGUUCAAAUUUACCUCGUGAAAUUUGUACAAUAUUCGUCUCUUAAUAGUCAUCUCCUGAAACGCCAUACUUUUGCUCUCACCUAUCCGUCAUCGAAUGCAACUGGCACGUCAUGUCAACUACGCCCAGCUCGAAACGGAAGGAAAGUUAGGCAAAGACAAAGAAAACUUAGACAAAGGGACAAUUAUCUUAUUAUGCUGGCUCGCGAAUAAUACCCGUGCAGUUGGAACGAAAAUAAAAAUGUAGUUGAACAGGGCGUCCGUUUAUCAGUAUUGGCAAUACGGGUGCGGCAAGGCAAACCGGCCGUAUCGAAGCAGGAACUCGAUAUCCUUAGUAGUGGACCCAAAGAAACGCAUACCGUAACGUUUCGCGUCACGUCGAUGUCCUUUAAGAAAGUCGAUCACGGAGUUAAUUUAUGGCCAAACGGGUGCAGUUCACGCUGGAUGCAGCAUGCGAGCACCGGUUACAUACUUGUCGAGCCACUUGAAUGCCCUGCAUCCGUGUUACAUUUGGUCACUUCAUCCAUUUUUUUCUUUUUCCAUUCUACUGUCAUAAGUUGAUAGAUAGAAUUAUGACAAGCUUUUAAGCUUUUAGUAUGUUUCAACGUAGAGAAAUUAGUUGCUCGUAUACUGAAUUUUUAUUCAAAUUCGUAGGUAUUUUUAUGGAGACAACUUGUAUAAGAAAUUUGUCUUACUCACUGAAUAUCAUAAUAAGUGACUUACUUCGAAAAUGUUUGUAUAUCAUGCGCGUCUUGUAAAUUUUUGGAGAUUUAAAUUUCCCAUAAAUACAUAAAUAUACCCAAUCUAGUUAUCAAAUAGCUUAUUUAUAACAAAUAUCAAUUUCUGAAGCUUGAUUAAUUUAAUGAAACGCAAAAAAUAUUGUUGAAUAAUAUUUAUAAUAUGAAUAAUGUUUUUAAAAUUCUUAUGCUAUACAAAACAAACGAGAUAGGAAAACUAGUAUGCCAUGUAUUACAUUACGCGUUUCUCCAAUAUUAAUUCAGAAUCAUUCGAAUAUAUUUCAGUAAUGUGAAAGGCAAUGUUUUACUUUUUCAGUUGUCUUUUAUUUAUAAAGGUAUAUUGGUUAUACAUUUCGUUUCAUGAUUAUGGCAGUAAUAUACUGACUCUGAUUAGCUGCGCGUGACAUCAACAGUAUAAAAGUAAUCUAAAAACAGCUGCUAGAGGCAGUGGCAUCAAUCAUUCACUCCUCACAACAGAAACAAACAGAAAAUAAUAGUAAUAAAAGAGAAAAUAGAAAAAAACAUAAAAGAACGAGAAGAACAACUCUCAUCUUAUCUAUAUUAAACUUAUACUUAUUUAGAAAUUCAUAUGCCAAUGUGCCUCCUUAACACGUUUCAAUUUCAAAUGAUCAAAACGAAAUCGGAUAAAUCCCAGAGAAAAGGCACUAUACGUCUAUUAAAUAUAAUAUUCCACUCUCGACCGUACAAAGUACCACGAUUAUAAAUCAUUACGCUUUACAUCGCAUAAACGUUUCAUUUCCGCAUGCAAUUCUCCUCGAAAUAAGAAAAAGAAAAACUCUAGAAGAAACGCUGGAUCGCGUUAGAUCCUCGAUAGACAUAUUAUUGCAAUCUCUACAAAUUUACAUUUUCGUCGACGGCGUGCAAAUGGCAGGCAUAAUUUUUCGAACUAUGUCAUGCUGGUUUCUGGUACUCUUCGUUCGUAAAAAUCAAGACCGUAAAUUAGUUUUCAUAUUUGCACCUUCGUGUCGGUCGUUGUUACACUCCGUUUAAUCGCUCCAUUUAAUCCCUUUAAUCACCUCAUUUUAAUUCUUCAAUUUUCUAUCACUGAUUCAUUGUGACAUCAGACACAAUAGACGGACGUGGGAAAAAUGGAAAUCCGCUUACACGAAUCGUUCAGCUUUGUAUCAAAUUUUCAACGACCUAACUCCAACUAUUCUAAAUUCAUACAAACUAUGUAAAAGAUGUUUCUCGUUAACUGCAUUAGAAGAAAGGCCGGCAUUUUUGUCUUAUUUUUCUCCAUUUCCUUUACAUCGUUACUAAUUAAGCCGCUAUAAACGGUUAUUGUUUACGCAUAUUUAUCGCGCGAGUGUCAGCGAACGUUUUCUAUCAAAAUUACUCGCAGAACCUCCUUUUCUGUCUUUUCAUUCACAUUUUGUCUUCAUUUUUCGUCUUCGUCCUUCCUUUUCUUCGUAACAAUCGCAACUAUUGUCGAUACGAUUAACACUAUAUUGCACUAGUUAGAAUUAUACAAAAUAUAUACCUAACGGUAGGUAUAGCUUUUUUCUUUUUCUUUCUUUUUGAAGUAUACCAUUUUAGGCACCGUUAUCCUGGAAGUAAUUUGGAUCGAAAAUAAGCCGGAAAUGAGUCGUACGUGAGGCAGGAGGCACGGCAGUUUUAGCAACAUUAUGGUCUCGCUGACUAUAUAAUGUUUUAUUCUAAAGACGAGAGGAAGAAA